AUGGCCCCCCGAUCGCCCUCGCGCUCCAGCGAUGGCGGAGCCUCAGAACACCACAUGCGCGCCGAACCGCGCCUUCUAAAAGCGAUCGACGAAUCGAAAAACGACGAUGCCAUCAACGUUAUCCAGUCCGCAAGGGCAGCCUCCCAACCUAUCGAGCACCUCCUCCGCAUCGGUCUGAUGCGCGCGUCCGAGCGUGGCAACAACUUCCUCGCUGAGUACCUACUCCAGAACGGCGCGAAACCCGACGGCGCAGCUGGCGGGCGCGUCAGUCCCCUGCUGAAAGCCAUCGAGAAGAACCAUGUCGGAAUCGUACAGUUGCUGCUCAAGUUUGGGGGCAAUGUCGAUGUGGCGGACAAGCAGGGGCGCACGGCGCUCAUGACGGCGGCGUGGAAGAACCAUUUUCAUAUUUUGAACAUAUUGCUGAGGUGCAAGGCGGAUGUCAAUAAAAAGGAUAAUCAGGGGAGGAACGUGUUGCAUAACUUGGCGGCGGAUAAACAUUGUAAUUGGGGGAGGGAUGUCAUUGAGGUAUUGCUGAGGACGGACAUUGCCAUUGACGGUACCGAGGGUCAGGAUGAGCUCAAGCGAAGUCCGUUACACUGGGCAGCCGUUACGGGAAAGAAAGAGCUCUGCGAAUGGUUGAUUUUAAGGAGGGCGAAUGUAAAUGCCGUUGAGGUUCGCGAGAAGACGAGCUUGCACUUGGCGGUGGCGCAUCAAAGAGAUGACAUCGUCGAGCUUCUGAUUCACUACGGAGCCGAUGUCACGGCAAAGAGCGAUGGCAGUUGGACGCCGUUGCACAAUGCCUGUGAGGUGGGUAGCGUCAAGAUUGUCAGGAUCCUGCUCGCCUCAGGCGCUGGUCUGAAUGCAAAACUGCUGAACGGCAUGACGCCGUUGCACGUCGCAGCACAGGCUGGCCAUCUCGAUGUCGUCCAAUCGAGAGAUACGUUCGGAAUCACGCCCUUUCUUCGCGCCGCGCAAAAUAAACGGAAAGACAUAGUCAAUCUCCUCGCGCCAUCGAACCACGUGGAGACACUAAGUGAGGAUGCUUUGGGUGCGUGCAACGGAUUCAAUGCGACGAUCGUCGAUUUCGGCAAUUUUCACAACGAGAACAAGGUGCGGAGACGGACGGUGAAACCAGCCGUUUCCAUUCUCCCUAAGGACUCGAAGGCCACAAGCUUCAGGUGGAUCCAUCUUCCGGCCAACAACAUGGCCUGGGUCGAGGCACUAUUAACCAAGGCUUUCAUCGAGGAGGGCGCAUCCGACCAUCGAGGACAACAGAUCCAUUCGCAUUUCAUGAGACCGCUCUGUCAUAGCACUCCAAGGGCGCCAAAGGUUCACGAAGAAUCGGACUUCUCGGACGGAGCAGACCAUGGCCCGCCUCAAAUUAUCGUCAGUGAUAGCCCUGGCCUAGGUAUCAGUGUGUCAAGCCACCAGUCUUCCUCAGCUGGGGCGCAGGAACAUCCGCCACCAAGGGCCCCUAGGAGGACAGAUACUAUUCAGACAGAUGCCACAUUGACAUCGAAUGCGUCCGCCCCAGGUUCAGAUAGGAAACAUGGCAAGGGGAAAGAAAAAGUCAAGAAGACAGCGAAAUGGGGCGGAAAAACACCGACGAAACAGAGCGAUCACCACGCCAGACAACAACGGAAGACUAGCCAACCGCUGACUAGCAGCGGUCAUUUGAGGUCGCCAGGGAGUCCGGGUAGAAAGGACCCCACAGCAUCGGCGAAGGGUAACAUCUUUACCUUCAUGCCGUACUUGCAUUUUGAAACCAACCGCAGGCGACAUGAAAUGCAAGAGGCUAUCAUUCGUGCACAAAGAGCUAAAAGGAUCGAGAGGAGAGAAGGACGCCAUUGCCCACCUAUGCUGCCACGGGCCUCUACCUACGACGAGAUGUUGCUUCGAGCUCAUCUGAGUUCUUCCAAUGUGUCUUUGCAUGUCAGGCGAACAACGCGCGACCAAGAUCAGGUCGUCUACCGGUACCAGAUGAAGGAUCAAGAACAGGGCGAGCCCUUCGAAAUUGAUCCCAAGAUCUUCAUGGUAGAUCAACUGUGGAUGUGGGUGCUGGGCAAAGAUCUUAUCGUGACUGCAUUCCCUCAGCGUUGGCAGCAGCCCAAGAACGAUCCACUCAACGUGCUCGAUGGCAUCAUCGAAGAUAUCAAUAGCAAGACCCGCGAACCUGUGCGAUCCAUCUAUGACCUGGCUUUGAUCAUCACCGGUCGAUGCAGUGGUGUUUUCGACCGCAAUCGGCAGGACGAGGACUACCAGUUCCUCGACAUGUUCGAAGCAUCCAUCGGCAAUGCCACUGAAGCCGAGACCAAACUCUUCAGUGAGUUUAACGAUGCCUCCGAACGAGCAUCUAAGUGGCUGAGGGAGCAUCGUCGCCCCAAUCGCUUUUCCCGUCAGUUAGAAGCCCAAGGACGUGAUAUUGAGCAUGAGAACCGCAGGCGUAGGACCCACACACAUAUCUUCUCGAAUGACUCCUUGCACGACAUAAAUGGAGACGAUUACCGGGACGAUGAUGACGGACCAGUUCAUACACCUCUAUUCGUCGACAAACUUCUAGACAUCGGUGCUGAGACAGACCUCCUUGCCGAGACGAAGGAUAUUCGCGACGAGCUCAACAUGAUAGCCAAGGUUCUUGAAGACCAGCGUUCCGUGAUUCCAGAUAUCGAGGUGUCAAUCACCGACAUCCUACGAGAAGAGCACAAGAGCCAACAGGAUCUCAAACGCCGCAUCAGAGAGCAGAUCAAAACUAUCGACACGCACCUAAAAGACAUUGAUCGCAUGGACAAGCAGGCUGAGCGAAUCUACAAAAGCAUAACCGAUCUCCUCGAUCUUAAGCAAAAACACGCCAACGCAUUCGAAGCCCGUUUCGCCCGCGACCAAGCCGCCGGCACCGCGCGCCAGAGCCAAACCAUUAUGGUCUUCACUAUCGUGACCAUCAUCUUCCUCCCUCUCUCCUUCAUUGCAGCCUUCUUCACGAUCAACAUUCGCGAGUUCCCACACAAAGAUCCGGAAGGCGAGCCCAGCCUCCCCCUAAGCUGGGUCAGCAAAUACAUGUUCGGCAUCAGCUUCGCCGUCUCCAUCCCUCUCAUCGCCACCGCGCUCUCUCUCGACGCCAUUAGCGACACCUUCCGUCUCAUCAAACGUUACAUCCGCGACCACCGCAAGUCAUCGAAACGGAAGGGCUCUGUCAGCUACGCCGGCGGCGCGAGCAACGAGAAACUGUCUCAGCAUGCAGCCACCAGUGUCGAGUACGUCGUCGAUAUGCGACCUCUCGAAAACAUGCUCAGCGUGGGUCGCAGCACGCGUGCAGGUCGCAGGAGCUAUGAAACAUACGGGAGUUAUAUCGGUGGUGGAACUCUGCUCCCCGUGACGAGUCGAGGUACAGCGAAGACGGGCUCGCACGCGAACGGUGGCACUGCCGCUGGUCAGCGUGGGAAAAUAGAUGUCGAGAUCGUUGCUACCGAUCAUCAGGAAUUACCUACACCAGUCGAGAGGCAGAGUACUGGGUUUAGGAUAAGAAGGAGUGCUGACGUUGAGCGUGGGUUCUGA